AUGAUAAAUAUAUGCAAUGUUUUAUCUUCGUUUUAUUAUGAGUGCAUUGAAGCAGAUAAUUUACCAACAAAAAGAUGUGAUAGAAUUGUAUUCAUACACGACGGUAUUCGUCAAACUAAUCGAGAAACUAUUGUUAAAUUUGAACAACUUAAAGACAAUACGAAUUUCUUUUUAUUGAAUAAAUCGAUUCUGAAAAAAACAAUUCAUACAUAA